UGGCUGGGAUAGCUUAUUUGUGCACGGAUAAACUGUAAAGCGGGGCUAUUCGAAAGCUGUGGCUGGUGCAUGCAAGUAUUGCCGCAAUACUGUAUGUCAUCAGGAGAAAUCUCGAUGAAGAUAUUGAGGACCUCACUACUUACCAACAAUCAAAUUGAAAAGAUCAUUGAUCUUCCGGAUCACAAGAUGGCUAAGUGUAUGAUCCCCGUCGGAUCACUUCAAAAUGUGGCGUGUAAGCCGAAGGAUUAGAUCCAAUUAAACCUAUUCCAAGCUAUAUGGUGGGCUGGAUAUGAUGCAAGUUUGAUCUUUUGGCUGGUAAGGGAGCUAUAGCCAUGUAAUCUUUGGCCAGACUUCCUUGUUAUUUCGCGGGGAAGCUUGUAAGCUGUAUCUUUUUCACAAUCUGUGUAGCGUCAGAGUUGACGCAAUGAUUGAUUCCAAUCAGAACUUGGCUCAUAGUUAGGCCUAGCCUUGGUUUUUGUGAUGCGUUCGAGACAGUGAGAUCAUUCUGUGCGCAUCUAAUUACUAAGAGGAACACGGCAUUGAAGCUUAGUGACCUUGAUCAUUACACUACUGAAACCUCUAUAUACUUGUAUAGAGCAUCCGCCAAACUGUCCCUUCGAAUUAUUGUUUGCUAUCAGUGGACGCUACAUGUGAAGCACCGGACAUCUCGCUACAACCCAGACUCUAUCGAAUUUGUAUCUUCUUCAACCGCAACAAUCACAGAAAUGGCAGACACACAAGAAGCUCCUAAAAAGGUCUUGAAAAAGACCAACAAAACUCCGAUCAAGAAGAAGCCAGCAACUCCUAAAUCAGAUGCUCCUUCCGUACCUAGCGAAAAGCCGUCGGUACCGGACACAGCUGCGCCACCUACUCCAAAGGAGUCCAACGAUGUAGGCAAAUCCGCAAAGCAGGCUUCCACCACUAAAGUAAGUUUCCUGCUAUGGCUUAUCUGCCUCCUUUCGCCUACCGUUCUUCUCCUCUUUAUCUCCGAGCAGAAUUCUAAACCUUUACUUCUGCCACCAAAAAGGAAACCUUAUCAAAGUGAUGAGAUAGAGAAGAGAAAAAGGGAAAAAUUGAAAGAAUAUUCGAUGCAAAUCAGAAGGCUAACACUACAACAAUGUAGGCCAAGAAAUUCGCACCCAAAUUACCAGCAACUCCUCCAGCUGACAAAAAUGUUCCACAACGUGAAGUGACAUCGCCUUCACCAGCACCAAAAUCCGAGAGCAAACCCAAGCCUAAGAAGUUUAAGAAGCCAGUUAAAAAACCUGAGCCGGUACAUGAGCCGGAGCCAGAGCCAGAACAAGAAGGCGAGCAAGAUGAACCAGAGCAAUCGGAGGAUGAGGAACCCGAGCCUGAGCAGACCUCUAAGCCGAAGAAGUCUUCUAAGGCCGAGAAACCUGAGCCAGUGCCAGAGCCCGAACAAGAAGAACGCGAAGAGCCAGAACAAGAAGAGGCAGAAAAUGAGCCCGAACCGAAGAAGGAAGCUCCCAGACCCAAAAAGUUUUCCAAGGCUAAGAAACCGGAGCCAAAGCCAGCUCCUGAAGAACAAGAACAAGAACAGGAUUCUGGAGCUGAGCCUGAGCCUGAACAACAAAAACAAGAGAAGGUAAAUCAAAAGGAGGAACAUGAUGAAGGUAUCGAAAUGGCAGAUCACGAGGAAGAUGAGGAAGAAAAUGAAGGCGAGAAUGAUGAGGGUGAAGUCGAAGAUGACUCCGAUGUUCAAGACGAUGAGGAGCAAGAUAAUUCCGAAGGAGAAGACGGGGAGGGCGAGGAAGAGGAAGAUGAUGAAGAAAAUGAGGAAGGAGAGGAGGAAGACGAAAAUGAAUUGGCUGAGGCUAUUCCUGAUGUUCAACCAGAUGUCAUUACAUCUGCAGCUCCUAUUCCAGAAGAAUUCAAGGAGAGCAUCGAGCCUCUCAAGUCAGUAACUAAGUCGGAACCUGUCAAGGAAGCUACCAAGCCCGUCAAAGAUGCAAAAGACUCCGUCCCUGAACCUGCAAAGGAAGCGACUAAACGACCUAAGAAAUUCCUCAGUAAAGCUUCCAAAACUGCACAAGGAGCUCAAGGACAGGCCAAUGGUAUCUUAGGUGGUGCCACCAAGAAAACCCAAGAUGUUACUAAAGAUGCACCUGCAGCUGAUCAAGUCAAAGAUACUGCUUCUGGUGUCACUGACCAAGCGAAGGAUGUCGGAGACAAGGCAUCCAAAACCGCUAAGGAAGGAGCAGACAAAAUCAAAGAUACUGCUGAACAAGCACCAGACGCUAGUCAAGCUACCGAUGUUGUUAAAGGUGCAACUGAUACUGCCAAAGAUGUUGGAUCAAAGGCAAAGGGUGAUGUUGAGAAAACUUCCGGGGAUGUCAAGGACGCUGCACAAGACAAAGCAGAUCAAGCAUCCGGUCUCGGAAAAGAUGCCACUGACAAAGUCGGUGGGGUUGCAGGUGAUGCAAAGGACAAAGCUGAGGGUGUAACUGAAGGUGCAAAAGAUAAACUUGGUGACGCUCAAUCGCAAGUUAAUGGGGUCACCGACGAUGCAAAGAGCAAAGUUGGAGGUGCUACAGGUGAUGCACAGAAAAAACUUGGUGGCGUCAAGGAUACCGCUGGAAAGAAACUUGGAGGUGUUAAGGAUACGGCUGCUGGUGUCAAGGGAGGUUUGCCAUCUACAGAUGAUGCUCAGAAGUCUCUAGGUGAUAGUACCGACGGAGCCAAAGGUGCAUUGGGGGGUCUACCUGGUGCUGACAAAGCUACCGGUGCCGUUGAUGGAAUCAAAGAUCAAGCUCAGGGUGCAGUAGACAGCGCGAAGGAUGUACAAGUCAACAUACCAAACAUCAAUGAAAUUGUCGGUAAGAGUAUCUCCGUCAUCAAAGACGGAUAUCUUUUCGAUGACCAAGGAAAUGUCAUCGGUAAAGCCACUUCCAAUUUCUCCGGCAAAGCAGUCGGUUCUUUCAAAUCCAAAGAAUUGGAGGCUAGAGCUACACAACAAAUCCAAUCUGUUGACGGGCCCAAAGCUGGAGAUGUAGGAUCUUUGGCUGGAACAUUGGGACAAAAUGCAGAUAUCGGUGCAGGAAGUAGCCCAAGUGAUAUUUUCUUGGAUGUGAAGAGUACCAAUGAGGGAAUCAGUUUGCAGAUUAGAAUUCCUACUGCCUUUAUGAUGAAGGCUGGAAAUUAGGACGAUGGUAUUAUUAUGAUAAGGAUAGUAGGUAUUGGCAAUGGUUGGAUAUGUGAGAUUACAUGAUAAUGAUUUUGGUUGCGUGUGUACUUGGAUAAUUUGGAUUGGUUUCUUUGAGGUUUUACGAUUGGUUCAGUACAUGGCUUUGGAACUAAUGGGUAAUAGCAUACUGUGUAUUUUCUUCUGUAUUGUAUUUCUAGCAUUCUAUUCCUUACAAAAUUGAUAACAUUUAUAUCUUCACUGAAACUUUUGCGUUCCCUUUGACCUGUUUGAAAAUUUCAUCUUGGUACAAUCACAUGUUCGACCUCAUUAUAGGCCUUUUCUGGCCGUCCACUAUAAUCUUAAACUGAGCUUUCGUCUUUCUCAACACUCCGUACAAUACUCGUAAUGCCAAA